AUGUCGGAUGACGACUACGGUUUCACGUACAGCGACGAGGAGGACGUGGACGAGGACGAGGCGGACAUUGAAAACGCGUAUUACAACGCCAAAGGAUGUCUGGAGAGCGGCGACGCGGCGAAAGCGCUCUCCGGGUUCGAGGAGGUGAUCUCGAUGGAGAGCGAGAAGGGUGAGUGGGGAUUCAAGGCGUUGAAGCAGAUGGUGAAGGCGCUGUACAAGAUGGGGGACGUGGAGAAGAUGCUCGAGCGGUACAAGGAGCUCCUGACGUACGUGAACGACGCCGUGACGAGGAAUUACAGCGAAAAGGUGCUGAAUUCCAUCUUGGACACGAUCGGGACGAAUGAGAAUAUGAUGUUUUUACAAGAUUUUUACGAGACGACGCUCCAAAAACUGGAGGAGACAAAGAAUGAACGUCUGUGGUUCAAGACGAAUCUGAAGCUGUGUAAACUGAUGUUUGACGUGAAGGACUUCGCACAGAUGCAAGUCAUUUUGCGCGAGCUGCAUAAGAGCUGUCAAAACGACGACGGGACAGUGGAUCAACGCAAGGGAACGCAGCUCUUAGAGGUGUAUUCAAUGGAGAUCCAGAUGUACACGGCGCAGAAGAACACGAAGAAGCUCAAAGAGCUAUACACGAAGGCUCUGCAAGUGAGAUCGGCUAUUCCGCAUCCACGCAUCUUAGGCGUGAUUCGUGAGUGUGGCGGCAAGAUGCACAUGGUGGAGAGAAAUUGGGAAAACGCAGCCACUGACUUUUUCGAGGCUUUCAAGUCUUACGACGAGGCUGGAAGUGCUCGACGAGUGCAGUGCUUGAAGUACCUCGUGUUGGCGAACAUGCUCAUGGAGAGCGAAGUCGAUCCGUUCGACGCGCAAGAAGUCAAACCAUAUAGAGAUGAUCCAGAGGUGACUGUGAUGCGGGCACUCGUGGGCGCGUACCAGCGCAACGAUAUCUCGAAGUUUGAGCAACUGCUCAGGACGCAUCGCGAGCAAGUGAUGGGUGACGAUUUUAUUCGCGAUUACAUCGAGGACCUACUGAAGAAUAUCCGCACUCAAGUCCUCACCAAGCUCAUCAAACCAUACACCAGAAUCACGAUUCCGUUCAUUUCUACCGAGCUUAGCAUCCCCGAGCCCGAUGUUGAGUCGCUUAUUGUUUCACUCAUCCUCGAUGGGCGCAUCGAAGCCAAAAUCGACCAGGUUUUGCAAGUAGUCCACAUUGCCCGCCGUGAUCCCGAGAGCGAUGCCGCGGCCGAGCGCCUGCGAGGUUUAGCUAAAUGGUCCGAGCGAUUGAAAUCAAUCCAUUCGGCCGUCUCGAGCAAACUCAGAGUCGGUUGA